CCAUCCAUCCAUCCAUCCAUCCAUCCAUCCAUCCAUCACGGCGCUGCGCGACCCAAACGCACGUGAGCAGCAGAGCAAAGCCUCCUGCCAGCUGAUGUCAAAGCCACUCUGCUUAUUGAAUCAUCAGCCCAUGUUUACUUCCGACUCUGAUGUCAUUUUGCUCUUGUGCAACAGUAAUUUAAAAACAUCUUAUGAGAGCGCAUAAUUUUGCUGCCGCAAGUGACAAUGUGAAUAUGCAGCAUCCGUUUACCCAAUGAUUGAGGCCAGCACUCCAACGAUGUUGGACAGAACUGAACCAGCACACUGCACCGUGUGCUGCUGUACGCUUGCCAACAAAAUCUUCAUGGUGCUUUUCAUGGUGCUGUUGAUACUCGCCACCUUAUUUGGAAAUCUGGUGACUCUGGCCGUGAUUCUUGGGACUAAACACUUCCACACGCCACAGGGUUACCUAAAGGCGUCCCUCGCCGUGGCCGAUCUGGCUGUGGGGAUAUUUGUGGUGCCGCUGUCAGUCUACGCUGAGGUCUAUCUCAUGGUGACUGACUCGGCACCAGAGUGGACCUCAUACAACUCACAGUCAGUAGGUUUCCACCCGUGUAACAUCAUCGGCCCAAUCUUUGCCGGGUGCACCUUUGUCUCCAUCACAACCAUCUUCCUGCUCACGAUUGAGCGUAGCAUUGCAGUGCUGAGACCGCUGCACAAGGACUCCGUCAUCACUCGUAAAAGGACCACAACGCUCAUUUUUCUCUCCUGGGUGGGGAGUUUCUUCUUGGCUGUGUUUCCAAUGGUCUUCAGCAGGGAGAUAGCUCUGGAGUACAACUCUUGCAGCCGGAUGUGCAACUACGCUUUAGGGACCAUUGGCAAGUUCCCCAGCCAGGCCUGGAACAUCCUCCUCCUCUUCCCCGCAUUUGACUUUACACUCCUCGGAGGAACCGUCGUCAUUAAUAUCAUCUCUCUGUCCAGCAUCAGGCAACACUCAAAACGCAGGAAAACCUUGGCACGGACCGAGUGCCACAACACAAGCAAUCCCACAUUCUCAGACAUUAAAGCAGCCAAGACCAUCGGGACUCUAACCGUGGCUUUCACAGCAUCGUUCACGCCCAUCGCCGUGUUUGUGGUCGGGAAUGUUUUGGGGAAUAAAUGGUGCAACUUUUCCUUUAUUGCCUUCUGGAUUUUGGCUACCAAUAGUUGUUGGAACGUCAUUAUUUACAGCGUGAGGGAUCAGAAGUUCAGACUUUGUGCAUACAAACUUCUUAUGGCUUCCCACGGACAAAACACCACUAACACCUGAAAACUCAGACGGACCGAAGGCUGUUGACGAGACUGAACAGCUCAACGAAUCUAGAUAUCUGUGGACCACUCAAAUGUUUUUUUGCCGUUUAUAUUGUGAUUCUCUUUAAGAGACAAAACAUAUUCUGCAUGUCUUGUGGAUUGCUCUUGUGAAAAAACUAUUAUUUUUUUUCUUUUUCACAUCAAUACAAAGCAUGACAUUUUUAUAAUUACAGAUUUUGGAUAUUAAUAUUACUUUUCCUGUGAAGAUUUGUCAUGUUUAGUGUGAUGUUAAAUAGCUGAGGCCUGUCUC